UUAUUUUGUAGUGUUCAAUUGCGAUAAGAGUUACAAUAGAAGCUCUGUUUGGCGCUUCUAUUAUGGAUAAAGGAAGUUAGUACGUGUGACAAGACAGAAAAUACAAAGUUUGCUUUAAAUUCUUGGAAAAAUGAGUUCAAUACAGGAGCGUCUGCAGAUGAAGCGGGUUCCACUGGAUAAGUGGUCCACAAAGGAAAAGCUUUGCUUAGCCUCGGCCGUAGCAUGCAGUGGCGAUCAAAACUGGAUGUCCGUGAGCCGGUCGCUGAGGAUGUUGUGUGGAUCGGACCGGCCGAACGAUUGGUUUGCCCAGAAAUCCUGUGCCGCACAGUAUGGGAAGCUGCUUGAGAAUGUGGAAACGCCGAAACGGAAGAAGCGUACCGCGUCCGAACGAGACGGCGUGGCCGCAGUGGAAACUCCGGGUGAAUCGAUUCUACGCAAGCUAACGCAGGAACGUAUUAUCGAGCUGAAGAAAAUCAUCCAGGAGGAGAGUCAGCAGUACAUUAAGGUGAAGGAGGACAUCAUUCUGAUCCAGAGUGGCGUGACCGAUGAGAAAAAACUGCGUGAAAUGUUGAAACAGAUUGAACAGGAGCGGGCACAGAGGGAGAAGGACGAGCAGCAGCACGCCGAGUGGCUGAAGGAGCGUGAGGAUAAGAAGCUCGAACUGGAACGUCAGUGGCGUCCUCAGUUUCCCGGUUCGCCGACCGCAACCAAAGCACCGACUCCACCGAAGAUUAAGGAAGAAAUGGACGAAGAUAGCCAAGGGUCAUGCAAAUCGGGGACGUCUCCCUUGCUUACCUCGUUGCUCAAAAACCCUAACGCUACCGCUGGUGGUAGCCCAUCACCCACCUUACCACUCGGUCCGGCCACUUCUUCUCCGACUAUUACGAAUCUUUUGACUGGAAACGCAGGAAGCACCGCCAAAGGUUCUCUUCCCGCGACAGGUAGCGCAGGCGAUGUAGCACUAGUGGAUCCAAAUGCAAUUGCAAUUAAAAAGGAAUCAUUAAGCGCAACGACCUCUUUAAAAAUCGCGGAAAAUAAAGAACAAAUCGUGUUAAAGGUGGAGGAUGUUACGGUUGCUGACUCAACGGAUGCCAAUGGUUCCGGUACUCCGCAGGAAAGUACGCAACCCGAGUUGCCCAAACCGGACACAUUGUUUGGCGAAGACAGCGAAGACCAAGCGGAUGACCUCAUGGGCGUACUGGAUGAUCUCAUACCGGACGAUUUGGAUGAGAUUCUGAAGGAUGAGGGUGGCAUGAUGCUGGAAGGUGUGGUACUGAAGGACGUUGUCGAAUCCAUCAUGGGGUCGGAUGAAGUUACCCUGAAGGACAAGGAGUCGAUCGAAGAAGGCGGUGAUGUGUCGAUGGAACCGGUCGGCGUUGGAGAGGAGAAAGUCAACGAAACGGCUUCAAAAAACGUAGAAACUUUGGUGGAAAGUAUUAAAUCUCCACCAGUAACUUCACCACCACCGACCGCUGAAGGAGAUGUUACACCGGCACCCGGAGAGGGUACCGAAACUGACCAGCGAGAUAAGGUUGUCGCGGAGCAGUCGACAAGUUUUCCACAACAAAUUGCCCCAGAUGUGGCGGUUACAAACGAAUCUGUUGCGAAACAGGAAGAUAAGGUGGUCGAAAGUAAGGUGGAAAUUAUUCCGAUCGAAGACAGUACCAGUAACUCACCGGCGACGAUUCCAUCCAGUGAUGACACUAAGGAUCCGACGGAAGACUCCAGUGGUCAGGAAAACGCGGAGAGUGUGAUCGUAGUGUCGGAUUCGGCCAAGGAGGAGGAAGAGGAUGACGAUCAGGGAGGGCAGCGUAACGAAAGCUCGAAGGACGCGCCGGCGCCCAUGGAAGAUGAGGAUUCGGAUGAUAAACCGCUCGCCUCGUUGGAUGUGGUGGCGGAAGGUGGCCAAGUGAAUCAGGACGUCAAGCCGGUGGUUGUAGCAGAAAAGGAAGAAAAUGAAUCUUCCGAACCGGCGGGAAAUGUGAAGGUGGAAGAAGGAGAAAAGCGACCCAUAGAGCCGACCGUUGUACCGAAGGAAGUGAAAUUAGAACCUGUUAAAGUGGAAGCUGUCCCCGUUGUGGCGGACGAGGCGAAAGCGAAGAAGGAGGCAAUGGAAAAGCUAGCCUCAGAGUACGACUUCAAGGACGACGAAGAACCGAUCGUGCCGUUGUCGAUUCAGAAGGCCAAAGAAGAGAAGCACGUAUCGGAGGACGAAGUGUUCGAAGACGCCCAGGAAACGAUCGAAGAACCGGAGGACGUUAAGGAUCUGGAGCCGCCGGCAAAGAAAGCCGCCCUACCGGAUGAUUCUGUCCUCACCGUCACGGACACGGACGACGACUCGUUGAUCGAGAUUAAAAUCGGUAAGGCAAAGCGGGACUACUCCCGCCGCAAGCAACUGGACGAAGCGCAGAAACUGCGUGACGAUCUGCCCGGCCACUCCAAGGGCGACGAAUCGGAAGGACGCUCGCUGCGCAAGCUGCGCGACCGGGACCGCUCGGAAAGCCCGUUCGUUAUGCUGGACGACGAACCGAACGAAAAGAUGAAGCGCAGCUAUUCGUCCACGCCGGUCAUGGACUCGAUCCCGGGAUCGCCCGUCUCGAGCGAAGAUCGCGACUAUCGCGCGUGGAAAAAGUCCAUUCUGGCCGUUUACGCACGAAUCGCGUCGAAGAAUGCGGCCGCGUUCCUGAAGCCCCUUCCGGAGGAGCACACGACUGAUCUGAUCUACCGCCCGAUGGAUUUGAGCCAAAUUAAGCGCAACAUCGAGAAUGGGAACAUUCGCACGACGGCCGAAUUUCAGCGCGACAUUAUGCUCAUGUGCACCAACGCGAUCAUGCUGAACCGGAGCGAACUGUGUUCGCCGCACGCGGCCCGUAUGCUGAUGCGGGAAAGUCUUGCCCUCAUCGAAACCGGCAUGGACCCGAAAGCGAUGAAGGAGCGCGAAGGCGACCGAAAUGCGCACAAGCGCAGCUCGAGGAAGAGCGGCGGGAGACAUUCUUCGGGCGGUAGAAGCUAAUUCGGGUGAAUUUGGGCAGUGACGGCUGUAUCAACUAUAUUCAUAUAACAAUAAAAUAUU